CCUUUCCUCCUCUAAGGCUGCUGUGAGUUGUGUUGCACAUGGCUAGCAGUGACUAGAAGAAUAGAGUGCCCUCGUCUACCUUUUGCUGUACAUGGAGAAUACCUGUGUGCAUACCUCCCAACCCGCCCGGAUUCUGUGGGAACUUCACGCACAGACUGCAUCCUCCCGCAGUCCCGCGAAGUGGUUAACUUUCCCGCACAGGAAGGAGAAGAAACGUUCUGAGGGGAGACAUGCGAGGAGAACUGACAGGCUGUGUAGUGGAGAUAUUGAGAAGGAAACAACGGCUCCAACCAUUACCAUUGACACGUUCCUACAUGUUCAGCAACUCCGAAAAAAGAAACUAAGAAACUUUUGCCACCAGUUUCCAGAAUUGAACAACAUGAAUGCAUCAGAAAAAGCGGAUCAGCUACUGUCCACCUUGGCUGUCAGCCCUAAACUGUUCAUGGUUUACUGUAAACCUUCUGAUCUGGUCAUUGAUGAUUGGGAAGAGAUGAUACGACGUAUGGAGGAAAGAGUUGACAAGACCAUACAGGGCCCUCUCGUUGAAGGUCAACCCCAGUUGUUUUCCAACAAGCUAGGAGAUUACAACACCUCCACAUUGAAGCAUGUCCUUCGAACUUUCACCAAGGUCCUCUUUGUCAGAGAUCCAUUUGAAAGGCUUGUAUCUAGAUACAUGGAUGGCCAUGCUGGAGAGAUUCCGUUUGAUGAGUUUAUCGAUGACAGGCUCAUCGAAGAGGUUGAUGAGGACAGUCUAUCUACUGAUUCCACGGUUAGCUUGUGUCACCCUUGCUUUAUCAGAUACGACUACAUAGUAACAUAUGAUUUUUUAGAAUCUGAACUUUAUCACAUUGUCCAGAGACUGGGUUUGCCAGGGAAGCUACAUUUACCACGGUCUUCCAGGGGAAAGUCUAAAUUAACCUCAAGAUGGCUGGCAGAGAACUUGUUCCAUGGACUGAGCAGACAACUGAUAAACCGACUUUCCGUAGCCUACUGGUGCGACUUGGUUGCUUUCUCUCUACAUAAUAGUUUGCUGUGGAAUGGGUCAUUUGUCACAAUCAGUUAGAUUAUUAUCAUCAUUGUUAAUGUUAUUUAUUAUUGAAAACAGUUUCAUGAUAUAUGGUGAUAAAACUGUUACAUUCUGAAGUAUUAUUUUAGGUGGAAAAAAACGAAGGAAAAACGACUGCUCUGGACUCGGAGAAACAUUGUAAAUUGAUAUGUAUUGCUUCCACCAAAGAUGUCGUAUUCACAAUGCUAUAGCCACAGCUUGCCCCUUUUACUUCCUUAGAUUCUGUGAUCUUUUUUUAAAGAAAUGUCUCUACAAAUCACUGUCAGCUUAUUAACCACUUCAGUCCCAGAAAGAUUUACCC